GGCAAUGUGCUGCCCCCCUGCUAAGAUAGGUACGCGGCCCAUACGUGCCGAUAAUUCUAUCGCUACCCUACAUUUCAACUGCCGUAUUCUGUCUUGUGAAUCAGUGAAGUUUGGGUCUUGUUCAUCGUCCUCCUGGUGAGUGUUUCGUUUAUUAUGUAUAAGAAAGAUUCAUCCAAGCGCUCCGCGUGCUAAUCUUUUCAUGAUGGUCAUGAUGAUUAAAACAUCAGCUCUGAUGGAUGGGUACACAGCCCGACAGCCCGUCAAUCACGCAAGCUCAUGGUUGAUGAGACAGCGCGUGACGAAACUCUGUCACAGGUUUCCCUUAAAACCUUGACAGCGCACGAUUUCUUCUCCUCCACAAACACUCCUCUGAACCAUCAUCUGUUGCAUUCUCGUGUAUACAAGUAACCAUGGGUGCUCAGCCAUCAAAGCCAACACUUCACGAAAAGGCUGUCAUUGAGCGCCUCCGUAGUCUCCAACUCCAGGAGGAUGAUGAAUACGUCGAAAUCAGCAGCGAUGCUGAGAAGGGUGCCAUCGGACCGUUGACUCGAGAAGCUGAAGGUCUACCUGUCCAUGUGCUUGAGUCCUGGCAGUCUGCUAUCCUCAAAGAUCCCAAGAACAAACUUGCUCUCACAGCACUGAGCUCAGCCAACCCGAGACAGGUGCUCACUUCACUGCCGACCGAAAUCGUAGACCAGCAGAUCUAUAAUGUCAAGAUUCCAUUCGAGGGAGACCCGAUCACGAACCAGCGCUCAAGCGGCCGCUGCUGGUUGUUUGCCUCCACAAAUGUGUUCCGAGUUGCCAUCAUGAAGCGAUAUAACCUCGAGAGCUUUGAGCUCUCACAGCAGUAUCUCUUCUUCUGGGAUAAGCUCGAAAAGGCGAACUGGUUCUUGGAGCAGAUCAUCGAUACCGCUGGAGAGGAGCUUGAAGGACGUCUUGUUCAAACUUUACUGGGCGACAUCGUCUCUGAUGGUGGCCAAUGGGACAUGGUGUACAAUCUCGUCGAGAAGUAUGGUCUAGUGCCACAGACUCUCUACCCUGAUACAUGGAAUGCCCAGAGCUCGGGUGUUCUCAAUAGUGUUGUCAAAACCAAGCUUCGCGAAUUCGCACUCAAGCUACGGGGCCUGAUUAACUCUAAGAAUGGCGUCUCAGCUGCCACACUCUCGUCGGCAAAGGACAAAAUGCUUCGUGAGAUUUCUCUCAUCUUGACUCUUCUCCUUGGACCACCACCAAGCCCCGAGGAAACCUUCACUUGGCAGUACAACGACAAGAACGGCAAGUCACAUCAGCUGAAGGCUACACCUAAAGAGUUCUCCAAGAACAUAUAUAGUUCCGAUUUCCGCAUCACUUCUAGCACCAUCGAGAGUAUGAUCUCACUCGUGGACGAUCCUCGUCACGAGCCGCUCUCUCUUCUCUCAGUUUCACGACUUGGUAACAUUGUGGGUGGACGUGGCGUGAGCUACGUUAACGUUGAUAUCGACACCCUUAAGGGGACAUGUAUAAAGAUGCUCAAGGCUGGUCUGCCUAUCUUCUUCGGUAGCGACGUGGGUAAGUUCUCCGACUCUAAGUCGGGCAUUAUGGAUCUCAAUCUCUUCGACUAUGAACUUGGCUUCAACACCAGCUUGCUUGGCAUGAGCAAAGCACAGCGAUUGACAACACAGGAGAGUCAGAUGACACACGCUAUGGUGUUGACUGCAGUUCAUCUGGACGAGGAGACGGGCAAGCCUGUCCGUUGGAGAGUGCAGAACAGUUGGGGCACUGCGGCAGGUGACAAGGGAUGGUUUGUUAUGAGUGAUGCUUGGCUCGACGAGUUUGUUUAUCAGGCUGUUGUAGAUCCUCGCUUCUGCAGCAAGGAGGUUCGCGAUGUGCUCAAGAAGGAAGCCAUUAUCCUCCCACCGUGGGAUCCUAUGGGUGCCCUGGCUUGAGUGAGCGUUCUUGUUACGGAUGUCAAGGCAUUGUUACGGGACUACACCUUGAGACUCCUUAUUGUAUGAGACCGAUGCUUGAUGAGAGAAUGAACAUAGUUUAAGCAUCUCGCCCCCGGCGUCUGUAGCACAGCUUUGUUCCGGGAAGCUUGCCACGGAACCAUUCGUGGGAUGGUUACGGGGUCCUGAAGCGAUGGUAUAUUCAAGUGAUAACAAACUAUAUUACCUGAUAAUAUGGCCAUGGGAGUAUUUAUGGAUAUAGUUUGAUGAUGCUCCUGUUGCACUCCAGUGCCGGCUUCUAGUUAGGACCUGG